GCACUGCGCGGUCUGGAGGAGCGCUGGAAGGGCGCUUCCCUCCCACAGACCUCAUAAGCCCUGAAGGGGCUCUAAGGCAGCGUCAUGGGCUGGAGCCCUCUGGCCGCUCCGAGCUUGGCGCUGGUGCUGCGCCUGCUGGCGCUGCUGUGGCCCUCAGGGCUGGGAGAGGCGUGCAGUUGCGCCCCUGCGCACCCCCAGCUGCAUGUCUGCCGUUCUGCGCUGGUGAUCCGGGCCAAGAUCUCCAGUGAGAAGGUAGUUCCUGCCAGUGCAGACCCCACUGACACUCAAAAAAUGAUCCGGUAUGAAAUCAAACAGAUAAAGAUGUUUAAAGGGUUUGAGAAAGUCAAGGAUGUUCAGUACGUCUACACACCUUUCGACUCUUCCCUCUGUGGGGUGAAACUAGAAGCCAACAGCCAGAGGCAGUAUCUCCUGACUGGCCAGGUCCUCAGUGAUGGGAAAGUUUUCAUCCAUCUGUGCAACUACAUCGAGCCCUGGGAGGACCUGUCAUUGGUGCAGAGGGAAAGUCUGAAUCAUCACUACCACAGGAACUGUGGCUGCCAUAUCACCACCUGCUACACAGUACCCUGUACCAUCUCGGCCCCCAAUGAGUGCCUGUGGACAGACUGGCUGUUGGAACGGAAGCUCUAUGGGUACCAGGCCCAGCAUUACAUCUGCAUGAAGCAUACUGAUGGCACCUGCAGCUGGUACCGGGGCCACCUGCCUCUCAGGAAGGAGUUUAUUGACAUCAUCCAGCCCUAGUAGGGACUAGUGACCCCCAGGUGCUUUUAAGCGUCCCGAAGACCAAGCCAGUUCUGCUUUGUGGAGCGCUGACUAUCACCACCUGGCCAGUUGCUGCCAGCCAAGUAGACAGCCUGGCCAGCAUCACAGCGAGUGCACGUUACAUCUUGUGCCCAAGAUCCCAGCCCAUGGCCUGUCAAGGGCUGGGGAAGGCAGCUUGACUUUUCUGUCCUGCCCUCAGGCUUUCUCUGCUUCUCCCAAAUCCCAUUAAUCUAGCUUAUACCUGUUACUGAAAGUUUUGAUCCUGGCUUAGUUUUCCAAAGCCAGAACUAUUCCCUUUUUCUCCAAGACAAUGUGUUUUCCUUUCCUUUAACUGACCUGAGAGAGGAGAAAAGGAAUGUUAUACACAGAGAUGGCGUGACCUUGUGAUUUGCAGUGCAGAGGGGUGGGGCUGAUGGUAUCAUAAACAGGCUGACUGGCAGGAAUGAAAUGAACUUCUUACUACA